GUUUCCAACGUUGCAGAACCUGAUGCUAUUAUUAGGUGCAUCUAUUUAUAUGGUUAAGAAAAUAUUACGUCCAUACUGGCCGAUCCCAUGGACUCGGAACCCUAAUAUAUCUCGAAGGUUAACUAAUCCUGACAUGAUAAGAAGCGGGACAGACUACGGCCACUAAGCUGACCAGUAAUAACCAGAUAACACCUGUACAAGAUCGCUUACCGAACGUCUUCUCGCAAGCAAUAUUUCAAACAACAAUAUUUGCUGUCAACAUCCGGGUAUUUGUUCACCGAGCCAGAGGAAAGCAGAACUUGAGGAGGACAUGGAAAGACGUAUGCCCGACUUGUAAUUGAAGUAUAGUAUGCUGUGAAAUUCGUCUCUGGAUAUAGAACCGAAGAGUCUUCCUAGCUUUAUUAAGCCUUAGAAUCAAAAGCGACAUGGCGACAUUUACCACAUUCGACUAUUGCCUCUUUGUGGCAGUGCUUCUUGUUUCCUUUUUCAUCGGGCUGUAUUACAUGCUGAAAGAAAAAUUCGCAAAACAGGAAUCUACUUCCGACGAUAUUUUAAUGGGCGGACGAGAUAUGCCAGUAUUUCCGGUAGCUAUGUCUCUAGUUGCUAGCUACAUGUCUGCUAUUACCGUUUUGGGAGUCCCGACAGAGAUGUACGUUUUCGGUACAGAAUACUACUUGGUGGCAUUUUCAGGACUAUUGACGUAUCCUAUCACCUGUUUUGUGUUCCUGCCAUUUUUUCAUAACUUGGGACUAUCAAGUGCAUACCAGUACCUUGAACUCCGAUUCAACAGUUGGACACGAUAUCUUGCAGCAUUGAUCUUUGCCAUUGAAAUGGUGCUGUAUAUGGCUGUUGUGUUAUAUGCUCCAGCGCUUGCUUUAAAUCAAGUGACUGGCCUUUCACUAUCGGGGUCUAUAUUAAGUGUCGGUGCUGUAGUAACAUUUUAUACGUCUAUGGGAGGAUUACGUGCCGUGCUGUGGACGGACACGUUCCAAACAUUUGUCGUUGUUGGCGGUCUCGUUGGUAUCAUUGCUAUCGGCUGCACGAAGUUCGGUGGAAUUGGGGAGGUGUGGAACAUCGCACAGCAAGGAGGCAGAAUACAGUUCUUCAACUUCGACCCUAGCCCCUUCACAAGGUGCACGUUCUGGGGACUUAUUGUCGGUAGUUUUAUUGGUCAGCUGACGAUCUACGGAGCCAAUCAGACUAUGUUACAACGAUAUAUGAGUAUCAGCAACGUCAAAAACGCACAGAUAGCCUUAUUCGUCAGCUUACCAGCAACCAUCUUGCUGAUCACUUUAGUGUGUCUGUCCGGACUGGUCAUCUACGCCGAGUACCAUGACUGUGACCCUCUACUGGACGGUAAACUCAUAUCCAGGGACCAGCUACUGCCGUACUACGUCAUGGAGAGCCUGGGCGGUGUACCCGGCAUACCCGGACUGUUCGUGGCAUGCAUAUUCAGUGCUGCACUGAGUUCAAUAUCGUCAUGCUUGAAUGCUCUUUCUAUCACUCUGUUGGAAGACUUGCUGAAACCUUUCAUGAAAUACUGUGGAAUAGUGAUGAAGCCUUCUGCUGAAGCGAAAACGGCAAAUAUCCUAGGUGCAGUGGGUGGAUUGGUAGUCAUUGGAUUUGCCUUUCUGUCUUCCUUGCUAGGUUCAACUGUUCUACAGAUAAUGAUAUCCGUGUUAGGAAUGGCUGGAGGACCACUGCUUGGCUUGUUCCUGAUGGGGAUGUUCUUUCCCUGUGUAAACGCCAAGGGGGCCAUUACUGGCAUGAUUGUUUGCACUGUUGUGAUAUUCUGGAUCGUGGUUGGUUCUUUCGUAUAUCAAGUUCCCAUGCCAACACUUCCGUUUGAAACAGACGGAUGUGAUAUAGCUGAUGGCGUUACGUAUGCCAUGAACAAGUUUGUGAUGAAUACACCAGACAUAAGCAUACCUCGAGAACAGAUUGGCCACAGCCAAGCUGCUCACGGAACCGAAACAGAUUGGUCAGGCCCUAUGGUAGUGUACAGGUUGUCCUUCCUCUGGUACCCAAUAGUAGCGAUAUGGAUUGCUCUGGUCGUAGGAAUCCUCGUCAGCUGGCUUACUGGAUGGCAAAGCGAAAAGAUUGAUCCUAAGCUUGUGUAUCCCGUGUCUGAAAAACUGUGUUGCUUUCUUCCUUAUUCUGUACGAAGGAAAUUGAAUUGUUUUCGAUUAUGGAAAUAUAAUGUUCGUGGCAUGAGUGAUGUAUUGUCGGAUGACGAGGAGGAAGAAGAGUUCAGCAAAUUAAAAACAGGAAAACUUGAGACGGCCAGACUUCUUCCUCCGAUGUCGCGGCGUAUGGAUAGCUUCGAAGCUGAAGUAGACGAAUCAGGCAUUUCCCAAAUUACGUAGACACGCCAAUUUACCUCUUUCCGUUUUUAAAAUAUAAAUAAAUUUCAA